AUGGCUGGUUCAAGUAGCAGUGGUGAGAUUCGAACUCCUAUCUUCAGUGGAGAGAAUUAUGACUUCUGGAGGACAAAGUUGAGAACAAUUUUUGUAUCUCAUGAUUUGUGGAGCUUGAUUGAAGAUGGCUAUGUUGUACCUCUAAGUACUGUGGCUUUAACAAAGGCUCAAACAAAGGAACUGAAGGAAAACAUCAAGAGAGAUGCAAAAGCUCUUGGGGUCAUCCAAAAUGCUAUCUCAGAUGAAAAUUUUCCGAGAAUCUCGAAUGACACAAGUGCCAAAUCAGCUUGGGAUGUGUUGGAGAAAGUCUACAGAGGCUCUACUAAGGUAAGGGCUGUCAAACUCCAAUCUUUGAGAAGAGAUUUUGAGUAUAUAAGAAUGAAAGAUGAUGAAUUGCUAGAUGAUUACCUGAGUAGAUUGUCUGAGAUUAUUAAUAAAAUGAAAAGCUAUGGUGAAAUCUUGUCUGAUGAGAGAAUAGUUCAGAAGUAUCAAUUAACUUGCCAAGAAAGAAAAGUGAAAUGCCACAAGUGUAGCAGAUUCAGGCAUAUGCAAAAGGAUUGUACCUACAAAGAUAAUCAGUUUGCUCACUACACCAAAGCAGAAGAUGAAGAAACCAAUAUGUUUUAUGUUGGUCAUGAUACAACCGUCCAAGAAGAAGCUAAAGUUUGGUUUGUGGACAUCGGCUGUAGCAAUCAUAUGACGGCAAAUAAGAACAUUCUCCAUAAUGUUGACACUACAAACCUAACCCGAGUGAAGAUGGGAAAUGGGCAGCUAGUCGAUACAUUGGGAAGAGGUACUAUUGCCGUGCAUACGAAGAAUGGAAAGAUGUUCAUCAAGGAUGUCAUGUUAGUUCCUGAUUUGAAGCAAAAUUUGCUAAGUCUUGGACAAAUCAUUGAGCAUGGCUACUACUUAUAUUUUGGAGACAAUACUUGCAAGAUAUAUGAUAGGAGGAAUCGUUAA